AUGGCUAAACAACAAGUGACCAUUAAGCUUAAAGAAAACCAAAGGGUAAAGAGUAAUGAUAGGUCCAUACAGUAUCCAAAUACUAAUCUCAUUACCGUCACAAGAUCUAAUUACCCUCAUGGGUCUACGCAGGAUUUCUACAGGUAUACUCAUGAGUGGGAUGGAACACGAUUCAAACUUGCAGAGAUCCAAGAUGAUAAUAAUAUAAGAAUAGGUGGAAUUAGAGAAUACAAUCAAAAGGUACCCUACGUUUCCGCCUAUUACUGGACUAGUGAUACUAGUAAGGCACUCAUAGUAGGAGUUACCACUACCAAGGGUGAUAACACUCCAACUAAGUAUUAUGCCAAGAGUGCUGGGAAGUCUCAGUGGCAUCCAUUAUAUGGGAGUUAUCAACCACUAGAUGCUGAGGAUCUUGAGCAAACUCUGGACGAGCUUAACUGUUAUUUCAAUAAUGGUGUUACCAUUGACUUAUCGUAUAGUAAAUCUAAAUCAGGAAAGAAGUACUGUUGCCCUGAUAAUACUCAUACUAAGAGGGUCUCUGUUUUUAAGAAGACAGUUUCCUGUGUGCAACAUAGCUCAAGCUCCAUUACAUACUACAAACAUGAAUUUACUUCUGAUCGUACUUCAAAACUUGCAGCUAUCAAGUACCAUACUUAUCCCAGUAGAAGGAAGAGAGUGAAUAUUCCUGACCUUAACUUACCUACCAAAGAUUCAGUAAAGGUUACAGUUUAUGCAUUCUACUCUGAUAGUAGGGAUCUGGUCCUAAUACAUGUAGAAUCUACUGAGAGCUCUCCAGUUACUGGAUGGUACAAAAAGCCCGCUAAUGGCAGUAGAGGUCAUGAUGAAAAUUGGACAACAGUAGGUAUCAACACCACACCAGGAGAUUUAGAGAAUAAGGAGCUUGACUGUAGUAAUAACAAAAAUUUUAAAGAACUUGCUAAGGAACUAAAGAAACUUGGAUGUUACAGCUUGCAACAAUGUACUAUUGAUCCAGAACAUCUUGGACAGAAUGGAGUUCAACGUGAAGAAGUCCCUGCAGCUGACUUAUCUGAUCAAGUCCCUGAUACAGAGUCUGAGACUAAGAUGCUCCUACAAGGUAAUGGACUUUCUGAUGGAGCUAAGGUAGGAAUUGGCAUUGGAAGUACCGUCGGUGGAGGCGCAAUUACCGGUCUAGCUCUAUGGAAGGGACCUGCUCUAAUUGCACGAUUAAUAGCUCGUCUGUAG